AGGCGAUCUCCGCGGGCAGCCUGCGGUGGGGCCUUGCUUCCUAGCGCGGGGUCCUCGGCGGCCUGGGUGGCUACUGCCCCUGCUGCUGGCGUAGGCGAGGACGGCUGCGAGUGCGGCUGCAGUUGGUUCGCGGCGGCGGCGACGGCGGCAGCGGAGGAGGAGGAGAACCAGGCGACAGGGGAAGAAGGAGGCAGGCGCGGCGGCGGCGGCGGCGGCGUCCGGGGCCGGCGGCGGAGAGGGGGGUGAAGAUGGCGGACGUGCUCAGUGUCCUGCGACAGUACAACAUCCAGAAGAAGGAGAUUGUGGUGAAGGGAGACGAAGUGAUCUUCGGCGAGUUCUCCUGGCCCAAGAAUGUGAAGACCAACUAUGUAGUUUGGGGGACUGGAAAAGAAGGCCAGCCCAGAGAGUACUACACAUUGGAUUCUAUUUUAUUUUUACUUAAUAAUGUGCAUCUUUCUCAUCCUGUUUAUGUCCGACGUGCAGCCACAGAAAAUAUUCCUGUGGUUAGAAGACCUGACCGAAAAGAUCUACUUGGAUAUCUCAAUGGCGAAGCAUCAACGUCUGGAAGUAUAGACAGAAGUGCUCCUCUAGAAAUAGGUCUUCAGCGAUCUACUCAAGUCAAGCGAGCUGCAGAUGAAGUUUUAGCAGAAGCAAAGAAACCACGAAUUGAGGAUGAAGAGUGUGUGCGCCUGGAUAAAGAGAGAUUGGCUGCUCGCUUGGAGGGCCACAAAGAAGGGAUUGUACAAACUGAACAGAUUAGGUCCUUGUCUGAAGCUAUGUCAGUGGAAAAAAUUGCUGCAAUCAAAGCCAAAAUUAUGGCUAAGAAAAGAUCUACUAUCAAGACUGACUUAGACGACGAUAUAACUGCUCUGAAGCAGAGGAGUUUUGUGGACGCAGAGGUAGAUGUGACCCGAGAUAUUGUCAGCAGAGAGCGAGUGUGGAGGACGCGGACGACUAUCUUACAGAGCACGGGGAAGAAUUUUUCCAAGAAUAUAUUCGCAAUUCUUCAGUCUGUAAAAGCCAGAGAAGAAGGGCGUGCACCUGAGCAGCGGCCGGCCCCAAACGCACCGCCCGUGGAUCCCACAUUGCGUACCAAACAGCCCAUCCCAGCUGCGUACAACAGAUAUGACCAGGAACGAUUCAAAGGAAAAGAAGAAACGGAAGGCUUCAAAAUCGACACAAUGGGCACCUACCACGGUAUGACACUGAAAUCUGUAACGGAGGGUGCAUCGGCCCGAAAGACUCAGACUCCUGCAGCACAGCCAGUACCAAGACCAGUUUCUCAAGCAAGACCUCCCCCAAAUCAGAAGAAAGGAUCUCGAACACCCAUUAUCAUCAUUCCUGCAGCUACCACCUCGUUAAUAACCAUGCUUAAUGCUAAGGACCUUCUACAGGACCUGAAAUUUGUCCCAUCAGAUGAAAAGAAGAAACAAGGCUGCCAACGAGAAAAUGAAACUCUAAUACAGAGAAGAAAAGACCAGAUGCAACCAGGGGGCACUGCAAUUAGUGUCACAGUUCCAUAUAGAGUAGUAGACCAGCCCCUUAAACUUAUGCCUCAAGACUGGGACCGGGUUGUAGCAGUUUUUGUGCAAGGUCCCGCGUGGCAGUUCAAAGGUUGGCCAUGGCUUUUGCCUGAUGGGUCACCAGUUGACAUAUUUGCUAAAAUUAAAGCCUUCCAUCUCAAAUAUGAUGAAGUUCGUCUAGAUCCAAACGUUCAGAAAUGGGAUGUGACAGUGUUAGAACUCAGCUAUCACAAACGCCACCUGGAUAGACCGGUUUUCUUACGGUUCUGGGAGACGCUGGACAGGUACAUGGUAAAACAUAAAUCCCACUUGAGAUUCUGAGUUACUUGGUUUCCCCUUCUUCUGGAAAUCUGGAUUAAGAAGCAUGGAUAUGCCUUGAUCUAAAGACUGAGAGUCAAGCUUUAUGAAUUUAUCAGAAACUUACAAAUGAAGAAGGUCACAGAUCGAUCAAAAGACCUCAUUUGAUGCUUUAUGCUUCACAGGGAUGAUGCCUGUCAUUCAUAUGAGCAAACUUUUUGGCUUACAACUAUUUUUUUAAUACUUGCCUUCUAGUCUGUAAUGGAAAUUGUAUAUUUUGAUAGAAGUUUUUUCUCCAUUGGUUAAACUAGCAUUACUUAAAAUUUGUUUCUUUAGAAAAUAAAUACAGGUUAUAAAUGUGUGUAUAUUUAGAGGUCAUAAGGCUCUCUAAGCCAUCUUGCUUCUGAUUUUUCAUUGCUCUAUAAUUCCUUUAUUGAAAAUACUGUGUUAUGUAUGGUAUUCAAUUUUUGGUUUCUGGAACUUGCAAAACCAAGCAAAGGGAUGUGACUAUUUUGAAUGAAUCAAAAUGUCAAUCUGUAUGUAUUAAUAUACUAUAUCUAUACUUUUUAUUUAAAAAGGAAUAAUGAAAAAUCAAGAACAAUUCUUCAGCUUUGGUUGAACCGUUCAGCCUUUUCAAGACUUCUUUACUUAUAUUGAAUACAUUUAAUGAAUGUACAUUCUUCUCACUGACUUUGGUGAUUUUAAAACUUAGAAUGAUAUAUUUCUAUCUGUGAUAUCUUUCCACUUGAAAAAUCUCAAAACUCAGAUUAAAA